GUACCCAGCGGGCAGCGCCGUGAGCUGGACGGAGCGGCCGGUGAGGGGCCGCUGCUGCGGGGCUCAGCCACCUGCACUGCCUGCUAGGGGGCGGGCCGAAACCAAGAGGCCCGGGGGGCCCAGCUCCCGUGGGGAGCAGUGGGCGCCCGCUGUCCAGGCCGGGCCGGACAGAAGAAUAAGCUGAACAGACUCUGACCACUGGCUUUCAGCUCACCAGGACUUUCUACACAGUUCUCCUUUUGUGGCCCAUGUGCUGCGUCCUCUGCCCUCAGUGUGCAACCGGCCCCCAACGCAAUGUGUGUUUGUCAAACCAUGGAAGUGGGGCAGUAUGGAAAGAACGCAAGUCGGGCCGGAGACCGGGGAGUCCUCCUGGAGCCCUUCAUCCACCAGGUGGGCGGACACAGCAGCAUGAUGCGCUAUGACGACCACACUGUGUGCAAGCCCCUCAUCUCCCGGGAGCAGCGCUUCUACGAGUCCCUUCCUCCUGAAAUGAAGGAGUUCACCCCUGAGUACAAAGGCGUGGUGUCUGUCUGUUUUGAGGGGGACAGUGAUGGUUACAUCAACCUGGUGGCCUAUCCUUACGUGGAAAGUGAGACUGUGGAGCAGGAUGACACACCAGAGCGGGAGCAGCCUCGGCGCAAACACUCUCGCCGGAGCCUGCACCGGUCGGGCAGUGGCAGUGACCACAAGGAGGAGAAAGCCAGCCUGCCCCUCGAGACGUCUGAGAGCUCCCAGGAGGCAAAGAGUCCAAAGAUGGAGCUACACAGCCACUCGGAUGUCCCUUUCCAGAUGCUGGAUGGCAACAGUGGUCUUAGUUCUGAGAAGAUCAGUCACAAUCCCUGGAGCCUGCGUUGUCACAAGCAGCAGCUGAGCCGCAUGCGCUCCGAGUCCAAGGACCGAAAGCUCUACAAGUUCCUCCUGCUUGAGAAUGUGGUGCACCACUUCAAGUACCCUUGUGUGCUGGACCUGAAGAUGGGCACCCGGCAGCAUGGCGAUGACGCAUCCGCUGAGAAGGCGGCCCGGCAGAUGAGGAAGUGCGAGCAGAGCACGUCCGCUACGCUGGGUGUCAGGGUUUGUGGCAUGCAGGUGUACCAGCUGGACACAGGGCAUUACCUCUGCAGGAACAAAUACUAUGGCCGUGGGCUCUCCAUUGAAGGCUUCCGCAAUGCCCUCUACCAGUACCUGCACAACGGACUGGACCUGCGGCGUGACCUCUUUGAGCCCAUCUUGAGUAAACUGCGGGGCCUGAAAGCUGUGCUGGAGCGGCAGGCUUCCUACCGAUUCUACUCCAGCUCGCUGCUGGUCAUCUAUGACGGCAAGGAGUGCCGGGCUGAGCCCUACCUGGACCGCUGGUCCGAGAUGCGUCAUAAGCACCUGGACACGGGGCUCCCAGAGGUGGCAUCACCCUGUGGUUCCAGCACCAGCCCCGAGGCAGGCCCCUCCUCUCCACCCAAGGUGGAUGUCCGCAUGAUCGACUUUGCACAUAGCACGUUCAAGGGUUUCCGGGAUGACCCCACUGUGCAUGACGGGCCAGACCGAGGUUAUGUGUUUGGCUUGGAGAACCUCAUCAACAUCAUGGAACAGAUGCGGGACGAGAACCAGUAGGCCCAACUCUGGGCCCCCAGAACCCCUUCCUCUUCACCCACAGGCAGGGACCAUCGCUCCGAACUUGCUGUGAGGACACACAGACUUUGCUUUUAAAGGGUUAUAUUUCUCUCUGGUGUAAACUAAAAGAAAUGUUUUUAGCUGUAGCCUGAAAUCCAUAUAUAUAAAGUGAGGAGGGAGAACACAUAUCCUCUCAGCCAGGCUCGUUAGCUCUACAGCUCUGACUGCUGUGUCCAGGCUAAUGUAGGAAGGAAGAGGUGCCCCUGGUGGGCUUGGCAGCAGGGACAGGGUGCCCUUGGACACGGGUUUCUCUUGCCUAGGUCUCUUGGGUCUGUGACUGCAGGGCCUUGGGGAUUGUGGGGUGAAGCCCUGGGCUGGCGCAGGGCCCCUCCAUACCCACUUGUCUCUUGUUCCCCAGAAGUAGAGGGGAUUGGGUGCCUGUCUCUUGAGGGCUUUCCAGUUUUGUGCUCUGGCUGUCAGCUCUUUAACAGAUGUCCCCAGGGUGCCACAGGCCUGACUACACACAGCUGGACCCUGCUGCUCAGUUCUGACCUUGGCAUCGGGGCCAGAUUUAUGAAGCUGGGCCGAGGCCACUCACGCAGAGGACAGGCCCCUGGAUUCCCUAGGCACCCCUUGGCACUUGAACUUGUUCCUCCUCCUGCCGUCACGCCCCAGCCAGCCUCUCUCACUAAGAUCCUGUCCCUUGAAGGGGGCUUAGCUCUAUUUGCUGAGGAAAGGCAGUGUCCCAGCAGGCCUCAGGGCCUCUGUUGGCUCUGGCCCAGACAGUGUUUCCAGCUCUUGUGCUGUGGGUGGGAGUCUUCCUCUUAACUUGGGCAGCUGUGCUGCCUCUGGAUAGGCUGCUUCUCCUGGGGCUCAAGGGCUGCAGUCCGCUCAGGGUCUCACAUUUCACCAGGGCGAGCUCAAGGCCAUAGCCCAUGUGAGGAGGUUCAGGCCCUGGACCCAGAGGGAGAACUUUGUCUGCUCACAGGGACACAUGUCUGGGCCCUGGACGUAGGUGCCCAGUUUCUGCUAAUGAAAGCUUUGAUCAGACCUGGGGUCGGUCAGUCUGUCCAUUUGUCCAUCUGCCAGCCUGUGUCUCUGGGGGUCCCUCCCCUGGGGUGUAGCCUAGCUCAUUAGUAGAUACUGCUUUCCUUAGCAAAACUCCCUUUCUCCUUUCUGAGGUGAGCUUUUGCCCCUGUGCCCUUCCUCAGCAGGUGCUUACCUUUUUAUAAAGAACUGGUAGCAGAAUUAUAAGAGGUGUUUCCCUGCUGGCUCAGCACCCUCUUUGUGGGCCUGGUGUGUGGCCCCCUCAACACUGGCAGUGGUGCAGUGAAGGCCCAAGGGGCAGCCCCUUCCUCCAGGCUUUUAGUCAUUUUUGCUGCCAGCCCUUAUUGGCAGAAACCUGCUGGCUGUAAAGCACAUGGCCAGGAGGUGAUGCUGCAUCCACCUAGCCAUUACCAACCCAUCCAGAGCACUCUAACCUCUGAGCCUAGGGCCACUGUCAUUGUCACUUAGGGCAUGUUCCUGUUUCAGCAUUAAUGGUUAGUCUGCCAGCCUGUGUCUGUUGAGAGGCCUUGAUAACUAACAAUGGGCUAAUUUUUUCCCGGUCCUUAGAGAUGGAGCCUCACUUUUUAAAUGGGCUCCUUGAUAGAUCCCUGCAUCUGUCGGCCCUCUGACCCUGUGCCAGUAGUGGGCAGGUUCCCAUUCCUUGGGGCUGGGAGGAGCAGCUUGCCUGUUUCUGGUGAGUUAUGACUGUCUUCUCUUGUACCAUUCUGUAGAUUCGGUCAUGGAGGCAGUAGCUGUUGGCUAGUGUAGACAGUCAUUUCCUGUCAGGACGAAGGACAAGACAGGGUCUGUGGUCACCCUGGGCUCCCUUGAUUGAACCUGUCCACCCUGGCCAUGUGCUGGGACCUCCCGAGUUUGGGAGAUUCUGGGAGCGGAUGCUGCCCUCUUCUGUUCCUCAUUAGUGAGAGAGGCUGCACCCACUUAAUUCAGUCUUUUCCAGGCACUAAAAAAAGCAAAAGGGCCUGGGAUUUGCUGAUGUUCCCGCAAGGCAGGGCUCCUUUUUGCAGCACUUACGACACCUGGAGACAGCUCUGUUGUCUAGGGUGGGGUGGGUGUGGUGCGCCUGUGUGUGCGCACGCGCUCUGCCACUGCUCUUUCUCCCCGUGCUCCAGGCCAGAGACCCCGUUCAUGCCAGGGUCCGCCUUCCCAGCCCCAACUUGGGACCAAACUGCAACGCGGGAUCACGGGUUGGGGUGCUCAGGUGACCCCUCUCUACAGUGCUUCCCCGGGCCAAGCUGACACCAGCCCCUGGGGUGUGGGUGGGACGGGCAGGGGAGGUACUUAAAAGAGGAAGGCGGCCAGUGACGCCACCUUUCCCUCUCAGGGCUUGUGCAAUGGGCGUGGGGAUUUCCCCCAAGGGGCUGGGGGUCUGGGCUAGAUCCUUAGCCGUUGCUCACUCGCUCACGUCUGGUCACAUGCAUGUUCCCUAGAAGCAGACUGCUUUGAACUUCUGUUAAUUUGGUUUUGUUUGUGACGAUUUAAAAAAUGUUUUAAUGAAGGAAAAAAAAAAAAAAGGAGAACC